AUGAAGUCGGCCAAGGCGCCCGCGACAGAAAACUCGUCGCACCGUCGGUCGCAGCCCGUUCGUCAGACUCGUACGAACCCUGCGCGAAGCACUGCGAACAUGGGGCGCUCUGGUGCCGGCAGAGACUCGAUCGGUGGUGCCGACCAGCCCAUCGACAUUUUCCCUGCGAUUACUCACUUUGCCGAUGCCAUUACCGCUCUGCCUAAAGAGCUCGUUCGACAUUUCACGCUCAUGAAGGAAGUUGAUGCUAAGCUUUUCAUUCCUGAAGAGCAGCUUUUCCGACUCGUCGAAGCUGCCACAAAUGCUCCCGCCUCCGAGGCACGUACGAACAACGAAGCAUCAAGCGCUAUUGCUCCCGGCUCGGCGCCCAUGAGCGCGCAAAACAGCUCAACGGGCAAUGCCUUGAAUAACAGUGCACAGAGUGUGCCUUCGGUCGAUGAAUCUCACAGGGACCUCGUUUUCGACCCAUCCAACCUGCCUCGCCGCCAUCUUUUCCGACAGACCGCGCUUAAGAUCCAAGAAAUGCUAGUUUCGCUCGAAGAGAAGAACCACGUCAUUGGCACGGCGAAUGAAGCACUCGAAGCCCAGCUCACUCGAAUUGAAGAUGUCUGGCCACACCUGGAGAACGAGUUCAGCGACGAGGCAAAAUGGGGAAGCACCACACACUGGGCAUAUCCCGAAAAUCGGUUCUCAAAAGCAUCCCAUGUCGAUCGGACACGGCGCGACGGUGCCGCAGCCAUCUCCGCCGCAGCACAGGCCCUCGCUGACGAGGCAGCCGCUAGAAGCGAUGCCCGAAAGCAGGCCGUGCAAGCAAAGAAGGCUUCGAGAAACCACAAUAACAAUCAUAAUAAUUCUAAUAAUCAUAACCACGACUCUGAGGGCGACGAUCAUGAUGGGAAGCACAAACCUGAGCCUGCAAAGAAGACCACAAAAUCAAGGAAGUCAACAGCAGCGGCGACCGCAGCAGCAGCAGAAACCGCCAAUGUUGGCCUGGGUAUCUCUACAGCUGCGAAUAAUAACGGCAAUCCGCCACAGAAGCGACGUAAGGUCGAAAAGCCAACCAAUGGUGCUACAGCGACAGCAGAGCGCGCCAUGAGUGCGGUCUUUGGCAACACUGCACCGAAAGCAAAGACAACAAGCCCACGAGCAACUCCCGCGCCCGAGGCGCCCAAGAAAAGGAAAGCCCUGCCUUCAGGUAGCGGCCAGUCCAAGAAGAGCAGGAACGGCGUGGCGGGCAUGUCCACGUCAGCCAACUCAUCGCCUGUCAUUACUGAGCUCCCCGAGCCAAAGCUCCCUCCUGUUCGCGCAUCACCAGUACCAGUUCCCACACCGAACCCAGUACCAACCCGUUCGCGACAGAACUCGAUACAAACUACAAAUGCAGAGAACAAUAAGGCACGGCCAUCACCAGCUUCCAGUAAACCCAAUGGCAACGCUGCGAAUACACCAAAUGUUGGGCCUCCGCCAAACAGCUCACUUCGGAACGGUACCACUGCAGAGCCCAAAACGCCCAAAGAAACGACUGUGUCGAUCAAGACCGAGAAUCCCAAGAAGGAAACUGAGAAAGCAGAAGCUGCAUCUGCCUCUGCUCCGCCAGCUACCACUGUCAACAUCAUCACCAACGCAAUUCCAGCUCCCAUCACGACCAAUAGCAAGAAAGAUGCCAAGAAGUCUGAUGAGAAUGAUCGUAAGAGUGAAUCGUUACCCCCAGCUGCCCCGACACCUACUGUCACAACGAAGAGCGGCCGAGCCAGUAAACCGUCAACACCAGCAUUAUCAACAUUUCAAGAGGCAGCGCCCCCCCGAUCGCGCUCUUCAAGAAACAACGACGGUGCUGGCACAGGAAAGAAGAAUCAAAAGAAAGCUGGUCCUACCAUUCAUGCCACUGUUGCUCAGCUGGCAGACGAAGAUACGAACAGCAGCAUGCAAGGCGACGAGGAUGACGCCGACAUUGACGCAGAUGAGCCGACCUACUGUUACUGUAACGGAGUCAGUUACGGCGAAAUGGUAGCGUGCGAUGCGGAUGAAUGUCCUCGCGAAUGGUUCCAUCUGGAGUGUGUUGGACUCAAGGUUGCGCCAACAUCGAAAGCAAAAUGGUUUUGCGAAGACUGCAAGGAACGCCUAAAGAUGGGCGGCAAAAAGUCCAAUGGCCGAUGA